UUCCCUUUCCCUGUCGCGCGCUCUGUCAAUUCGUGCGUGCCUCGCCAAGUAGUGAGAGCACAAGAAGACCUCCCGACUCUCGCCCUCUUUCACAGCUCAACUCAAUUUUUAUUCCACUGCAAAUAGGAUAAUACGGUUUUGCCAUGGGAAACAGGUUCAGCAGGAGACGGGACAGCCCCGCUAACGGAGGGGAGGCCCCAGCAGCAGAGGAGAAGGCUGCAGAUGAGCCAGUGGCCCCCCAGGCAGAGGAGGCCCCAGUGAGUCAGGAGGUCCAGGAGGCCGGGAAACCGGCAACCCCCAUUGAGGAGCCAGUGGCGGCAGCCAUUGCCGAACCUAUAGUCGAAUCAGUACCAGAGCCAGUCGCAAAGGUAGAGCCUGAGCCCAAGCUACCCGAGCCAGAGGCCCCAGUUGCUUCAGCCCCACUGGUAGAUCUCACCCCAGAGCCAGUGGCAAAGGUCGAGGCUGAGCUAGUGGAAGAACCUGCCCCUCCACCCCCAACCCAGCCAGAACCAGAACCUCUGGUCUCACUCAGCAAGGUUCCAGAACCAGUCCCAGAGUCUGUUGCAGUCCCAGAACCUGUUGCAGUACCAGAACCACUCCCAGAGCCUGUCGCAGAACCAGAACCUCUCCCAGAGCCUGUCGCAGAGCCAGUCCUAGUGUCUGUUCCAGAGCCAGAAGCAGUUCCAGAGCUCCUCACCCAGGAGCUUCUCCCCGAGCCAUUCCUGUCAGAGCCUCUCUUCUCCUCAGACCCCUUGGUAGACCUGGCAGUCCCAGAGAUCACUCCACAGCUGCUCGAUGCUUCUCCCUCCCCAGCCUCAGACCACGCCCACAGCCCAGAGCCAGCCUAUCCUGAUGUGCCCACAGAUCUCCCGGGGGAAGAGGAAUGCCUCGACAGCAUUGAGGCUGCAGUGAAUUCCGUUCCCGUCCCUGAAGAUCCUAAGGAAUCCUGGGAAUCUCUGGAGAAGCCACUUGAGCAGGAGUGUGUUGGAGGAGCUGAGAAUGUGGAGCAGCUCCUGUUUGAUAUCAACACCGACGUUGGUGACAGCGGACUCCUAAAGCACUUAGACGUGACAGGAAACGAUCUCGUCAAUGACCUCCUGGCCAACGACAUUGGCAUCCCAGACGACAUUCCCAUCGCUGACGGCAGCAGCCCCUCCAAUGAGCUGAUGUGAGCCAACUGAGGCGGAAGCAAAACGGAAAAACAAACAAACAGGAGGGGGAAAAAAGGACAAUGACGAUCAAUCUGAAGACGCUGUGAAGGAGAACCAACAACAAUGAAACUAGUACUUUAAUGUUUGUCUUAAAAGGCUAAAGGGAAAUAAACAACCAGCUUCUUGAGGAGACAGUGAUGUAGGCGUGUAGCACUCCGCUAUCGGUUUAAGACAAGUUAAUACUUCUAUGUCAAUGCCUUCUAUGACUGUAGGUUAAUAAAGGGAUCUCUGGUGAAAGUAACAGCCACUGGCAGGGCAGGAGAGGGACAGCAGAAGACCAGUCAGCCUUUGAGCCAUAUAGACAUAACACUGCAUAGCAGAACACAAGUGUCCAGUUAACAAUGUAUGAAAAGACAAGAUGUUUGCCUUGGUGUGUACGCCUGAUGAAUUGUAACUACGUCUGAAUUGGCCUAUAUGCUAUGAUACUCUCGUGCUUGGACUCUCUCUUUCUCUUGUAUUCUUCUCUAACUCUGUGAAAUGGAGGAAGUGACCUUAUUCUAUUUUCUCGUUGGUGAAAAGUGGUGAGGAAUGUAAAGUUAGUGAUGGCUUGGUCGUGAAAAUAAAAUAAGAGUUGUUCCACCUCA